CCAAAUCCAGAACAGAACAGAACAGAACGGACAGCCUACAACGUUAUCAGAGCUGUUCGAGACACAAACACCCGAAGAAAAUUAAAUUUUGUUUUUGUUAGAAUAUAAGGAUAAUCAGAGGAUGAGACGGAGACCUGGAAUCGGUGGACUACAAACUGCGGCGGCUGCUAGGGAUCAGUAUCGAUUGCUUGGGGAAAAUGUAGCGAAGUUGAGAACCGAUCUCAUGAAGGAACAACUUGCGACUUUUCGGUCUCAGCUUGAAGAAUUUGCACGCAAGCACAAGAAUGACAUCCGGAAGAACCCUGCUUUCAGGGCGCAGUUUCACGAGAUGUGUGCUAAAAUAGGAGUGGAUCCCUUGGCCUCUAACAAGGGAUUUUGGGCGGAGCUCUUAGGAAUCGGUGACUUCUAUUAUGAACUGGGGUUACAAAUUGUUGAUAUAUGCUUGGCGACCAGAGCUCACAACGGAGGUUUGAUCAACCUGCAGGAACUCUGCUCUCUGCUUCGCCAGAGACGAAAAAGUGACCGAGAAGCUGUGUCGGAGGAUGAUUGCCUACGAGCUCUAAGCAAGCUGAAGGUACUGGGUAGUGGUUACGAGGUGAUUUCUGUUGGAAAGAAAAAGCUUGUUCGUUCUGUUCCAACAGAGUUGAACAAAGACCAUAAUGCGAUAUUGGAGCUGGCUCAGGCUCAAGGAUUUGUGACCAUGGAUGAGGUAGAGAGACGGCUUAAUUGGACAUCUGGUCGGGCUAUUGAUGCCCUUGAUACUUUAUUAGAGGAAGGUCUUGCUAUGAUCGAUGAUGGCCACAGAGAUGGAAAACGCCGGUACUGGUUCCCUUGUGUAUCAUCUAUUUCAUCUUCAAUUGUUAUAGAUAGUUGACAUUUUUUCUCAUGUUCAUUCAGUUUUCAUAUUGUACUGAUCAUGAGGGGCAAAGAGACAUUCUUUUGUGACUUAUCUUCUUAUGAUAAAAAAACUUCAUGUUAUUGUGCAUCUGAA